UCCCUGGGAUGCUGGCUGCCCUGGCGCAAGCCAGCCCUCAACGCUAACCUGGGGCUUGGUGCCCACUUCAAGAAACCUGGCCCUCCCUACUGACCCUGGAGACUUGGCUUUGGUUUCCCCAGGGGGUCCAAUUUCUCUGAAGAUGCCUGACUUGCAGAAAUCUAGGUGGCUGGGCCCCCAGCCCUACCCUAUCCCAAAAGAGUGCCAGAGGCCCUGUUGUCUCAGGAAGGUUCCCGACUGGCCACAGGUUAAGAUGCCGGAGCCCAAACCAGCCACCAAGAAGCCCGCUGCCAAAGCUAAGGAUGCCCCCCAAAAGCCUGGCCCUGAGAAGGAGGCUGCGCCUGCCCCACCCAGUGAGCCGCCCCCUGAGGACCAGUCACCCGCUGCCGAGGAGCCCGCUGGGAUCUUCCUGAAGAAACCCGACACUGUGUCUAUAGAGGCAGGGAAGGACGUGGUGAUCACGGCCAAGGUGAAUGGGAAGGAGCUCCCUGGAAAGCCCGUCAUCAAAUGGUUCAAAGGGAAGUGGUUAGAACUGGGCAGCAAGAGUGGGACCCGAUUCGUCUUCAAGGAGAGCCAUGACCAGCAGAGCAACGUGAGGGCCAUGAGGCCAGCAGGCCAGGCCUGGGGGGGAGGGGGGCAGCAGAAGUGGGAGGGGUGGAGAGCCUUCACAAAGAAGCUGGACCCGGCUUACCAGGUGGACAAGGGGAAUAAGAUUAAGCUGGUGGUAGAGAUCAGUGACCCUGACCUGCCCCUCAAGUGGUACAAGAACGGGCAGGAGAUCAAGCCCAGCAGCAAGUACGUGUUUGAGAACGUGGGCAAGAAGAGAAUUCUCACCAUCAACAAGUGCACUCUGGCCGACGAUGCCGCCUAUGAAGUAGCUGUCAAGGAUGAGAAGUGUUUCACGGAGCUCUUCGUCAAAGAGCCCCCGGUCCUCAUUGUCACACCCUUGGAGGACCAGCAGGUGUUUGUGGGUGACCGCGUGGAGAUGAUGGUGGAGGUGUCAGAGGAGGGAGCCCAGCUCAUGUGGAUGAAGGACGGUGUGGAAAUGACCAAGGAGGAUUCCUACAAGGCUCACUACCGCUUCAAGAAAGAUGGGAAGAAGCACCUGCUGAUUUUCACGGAGGUCACCCUAGAGGACACGGGCCGCUACAUGGUCAUGACCAACGGCGGCCAGUGUGAGGCGGAGCUCAUUGUGGAGGAGAAGCAGCUGGAAGUCCUCCAGGACAUCGCGGACCUGACGGUGAAGGCCUCAGAGCAGGCCGUGUUCACGUGUGAGGUGUCUGAUGAGAAAGUGACUGGAAAGUGGUACAAGAAUGGCGUGGAAGUGCGGCCCAGCAAGAGGGUCAGCAUCAUCCACAAGGGCCGAUUCCACAAGCUGGUCAUCGAUGACGUCCGUCCUGAGGAUGAGGGCGAUUACACGUUUGUGCCGGAUGGCUUUGCCCUGACCUUGUCAGCCAAGCUCAACUUCCUGGAGAUCAAGAUCGAUUAUGUUCCCAAGCAAGAGCCCCCCAAGAUCCACUUGGACUGCUCAGGGAAGACCUCCGAGAACUCUAUCAUAGUGGUGGCUGGAAACAAGCUCAGGCUAGAUGUGGCCAUCACAGGAGAGCCCCCUCCCACGGUCACCUGGUUGAAGGGGGAUCAGGUGUUCUCUAGCACCGAGGGCCGGGUCCGACUGGAGCAGCGGCCAGACAGCAGCUGCUUUGUGAUCGAGGGGGCUGAGCGGGCCGAUGAGGCCAAGUACACCAUCAAGGUCACCAACCCCGUAGGCGAGGACACAGCCUCCAUCUUUGUCAAGGUCGUAGAUGUGCCGGACCCUCCUGAAGCUGUGCGGAUCACGUCGGUGGGGGAGGACUGGGCCAUCUUGGUCUGGGAGCCCCCCAAGUAUGACGGUGGCCAGCCUCUGACCGGGUACCUCCUGGAGAGGAAGAAGAAAGGCUCCUCCCGCUGGAUGAAGCUGAAUUUCGAGGUCUUCACGGAAACGACCUACGAGUCGGCCAAGAUGAUCGAGGGCAUCCUCUAUGAGAUGCGCGUCUUUGCUGUCAACGCCAUCGGGGUCUCCCAGCCGAGCAUGAACACCAAGCCCUUCAUGCCCAUUGCUCCCACGAGUGAGCCGCUGCAUCUGACAGUGGAGGAUGUCACUGAUACCACCACCACACUCAAGUGGCGCCCACCAGACAGGAUUGGGGCCGGGGGCAUCGAUGGCUACCUCGUGGAGUACUGUUUGGAAGGCUCUGAAGACUGGGUCGCAGCCAAUACUGAGCCUGUGGAGCGCUGUGGCUUCACGGUCAAAGGCUUGCCCACGGGAGCCAGAAUCCUCUUCCGCGUGGUUGGGGUCAACAUCGCGGGCCGCAGUGAGCCGGCCACCCACGUCCAGCCAGUCACCAUCCGGGAGAUCGCACAACAACCCAAGAUCCGGCUCCCAAGACACCUUCGGCAGACUUACGUUCUCAGAGUCGGGGAGCCGCUCAACCUGCUCAUUCCUUUCCAGGGGAAGCCACGGCCCCAGGUGGUAUGGACAAAGGGCGGAGCGCCCCUGGACACAUCCCGAGUCCACAUCCGGACCAGCGACAUAGAUACCGUGUUCUUCGUACGUCAGGCAGCUCGGUCGGACUCCGGGGAGUAUGAACUUAGCGUGCAAAUAGAGAACAUGAAAGACACAGCCACCAUCCGGAUCCAAGUCGUGGAGAAGGCAGGGUCUCCAGAGAACGUGAUGGUGAAGGACGUAUGGGGCUCCAAUGCCUUGGUGGAAUGGCAGCCCCCCAAGGAUAAUGGUAACAGUGAGGUCACCGGCUACUUUGUCCAGAAGGCUGACAAGAAGACUAUGGAGUGGUUCACUGUUUAUGAACACAAUCGGCCCACGCGGUGCACGGUGUCUGAACUUAUCAUUGGCAAUGAAUACUAUUUCCGAGUGUUUAGUGAAAACAUCUGUGGGCUCAGUGACUCCCCUGGUGUGUCCAAGAACACAGCCAAGAUCCUCAAAACAGGCAUCACCUUCAAACCUCUGGAGUUUCAGGCACAUGACUUCCGCUCGGCCCCCAAGUUCUUGACCCCACUGCUGGACCGGGUUGUGGUGGCAGGGUACUCAGCCGCGCUGUUCUGUGCUGUGCGGGGAUAUCCCAAGCCAAAGGUGGUGUGGAUGAAGAACAACGUGGAGAUUCACGAAGACCCCAAGUUCAUAAUGACCAACCAGCAGGGGAUCCUGACCCUCAACAUUCGCCGUCCAAGUCCCUUCGACGGGGGCACCUACUCCUGCCUAGCGGUCAACGAGCUGGGCGAGGCACUGGCCGAAUGCAAGCUGGAGGUCCGAGUGCCACAAUAAUCCUUCCUAAGGGCAGCCUAUGUCCCUCCUGCCCGCCCCACUCAGUUUUUGCUGAGACCCUGAAGAACCUGCCCCUGGACCCUACUCCAUGGCGACCCCUCUCCCUCCAACUGAUUAUGUCAAACAUGAGACUUG